UCUGUGCCGUUUACUAGAGCGACUUCUCGAGUAUCCGGGAAGGAAGGCCUCCGGGCUGGGGCGAAAGCCUGUGCUCCAGCGGUUGGGAAUGGGGGAGAAUUAGCUGUAGGACAGUUUCUCUUGGCUGUGUUUUGGGAGGAAGACGCGAAGCACCAUGGAAAAACGAAAUGCACCUGGCCACUCUUCCCUCUCUAGCCGAGGAACGAAGGCCCCAGCGAUGCCUACGGCGUCAUCUCCGGCGGGGCCCUCAGGGCCCUCUGGACCCCCGGGGAAGAGAGAGAGGAGACCCAGCAUGUUUGAGAAGGAGUCAUAUGCACAAAUAUUACGAGAAAGACUCAGAGAAUCUGUACAUGAUGUUCUAUAUGUCGAACCUCCAUUUGAUGAUGCAAUUGCUGAUAUAGGUAAAGAUCAAUGGAAGACCAUGACAGGAAAAGUAAAAUAUGCUAACACAUAUAGAAUGGAGCCAUACCAGAAAUUCCAAGCUCAGAGAGUACAAAAAAAAGUUCAACAGAUACUAACGGUAUGUUUCAAUGCUGUGAGUUAUGCACCUUGUGAUGGUUCUUCAUUUAUGAGAGAUGGCAUGCACUAUUCAGGAGCUGCAGUAGUUAAUGAAUUUGAAACUCUGUGGUCAGCUUCCUUACCCUCAAAUGACAGACUUCACAAGGUCAAGUAUAAUGAAGAAACAUUUUCUUCUUUGUCUGUUGAACUGGCAGAUCGCAUAUUAGCAGCUGUUAAAGAAUUUCCUUUUACUCGAUAUAAAUAUAUUGUAAAAAUAAUACUCAUUCAAAAAACUGGUCAGUCUAUAAAUAUUUCUAGCAGAUGGAUUUGGGAUGUUGCUUGGGAUACCUGGCUAGAAGCUAAACAUGAAGCUGAGUCUUAUGUUGCAUUAGCCUUAGUAUAUGCACUUUAUUGUGAAUAGUUUAAUCCUAUCUACUGUUUUUAUCACCUUUAUUGAUAAAUAAAUACAUAAGUGUUGCAA